GUAUUUGAAACCUACAUAUACGUAUAUUUGUAUGUCUUUAUAAGGGCUGCAAAAAGAGUGGGGAAGUUAGAAAACCCUCAUUUCUUUCUAUUCGGAACAAUGACGACGAUCUCUGAUCUUCCAAGGAAUUUGGUAGGGAAGAUAUUGUCUAUGGUUCCGAUAACUUGUCUUGGAGCGGUGAGAUGCACUUGCAAAGGAUGGAACGCUUUAUCCAAAGUUCGGAUUCUAUGUAAAGCCGAAACAAGGCAUCAGUUUGUGGGGUUCAUGAUGAAGAAGUAUAAGCUUUGUUCAGUGAGGUUCGAUCUCUUCGACAACGAACGCGAAUUCGUGGAUCCAUCUGUAAAGGAGUUGGGUGAUUUUCCUGAGGAGGUCUCAAAAGUUUUUCAAUGCGACGGGUUAUUGUUAUGCUCCACAAGGGACAACACCAAGCUCGUGCUUUGGAACCCUUAUUUGGGUCAAACCAGGUGGAUCCAACCCCGAAGCGCUUACCACAGAUUUGACAUCUAUGCUAUCGGAUACGACAACAACGGUAAACACAAAAUCUUGAGGUUUGUGGAUAAUCAUGAGAUAGACGGGAUUUUUGCGUACGAAAUCUAUGAUUUAAGCUCUAAUUCAUGGAGGGUUCUUGGUGAUAUCACUCUCAACUGUGAUGCGGAGCCUUAUCAACGCGGCGUUUCUUUGAAAGGAAACACUUACUUUAUUGCCAAGGAAAAAAUAGUAUACGAAGAUGAUGUAGAGUAUCCAGUGCCGCCAAACUAUUUACUCUGUUUUGAUUUUACGGCGGAGAGCUUUGGACAGUUUCUUCCUCUGCCGUUUCAGCACCAUGAUGAUUUCGAUGCUGGAGCUCUCGCUUCUCUUGGGGACCAGAAACUCGCGGCCUUAAAUCAGUGCGAGGAUAGAACAGAGGUGGAAAUUUGGGUUACAACUAUGAUUGAGCCCAAUGCAGUGUCGUGGUACCCUUUCUUAAAAGUUGACAUGGAACCACACUAUGGUUCUCAUUUUAUGUUUAACUUUUACGGUGGCAGUUUCUUCAUUGACGAGGAGAAGAAAGUCGCCGUGGUUAUUCACUUUGACCCAUCUGAAGCGACCCGCCACGAGGACGCAGCUUACAUCAUUGGUGAUAAUGGCUACGUUAAAAAAGUGCAUCUUGGAGAAGCUGUGCCUCACAUACCAGGAGCUCUCAACUUCAGCCACUUUCAGAAUUGCUGCCCACUUGUGACUUCUUGCUCUUAUGUUCCUAGUUUAGUGCAGAUCAACCAAACUGCUCUGCAGGAUUCAUAAAGGAAAGAGGAGCAGAGGAGGAGGCCAACCAAUUAACAAGCACAAAAAAGAAGCAUUAAUAAGCUCUUUUCCUUUCUUGCAUCUCUUUUCAUUCUGUUUUGUUUUGUUUUUCUUUCUUUUUGCAGUGUCCUUGUGAACAAGACCAAUCAAUUAUCAUUAUUUUCUUUCUA